UCUUUUUCAUCAUGUCACCUAAAGUAUUAGUCACUCGUAUUUUACCUCCUCAGGCUCAAUCCCGUUUAUUAGAGCAAGACUUUGACUUGUACCAAUGGCAAGAAGAUUCAUGUAUUCCUCGACACGUCUUAUUAGAAAAAAUUAAAGGUGUGGAUGCAUUAUUUUGUUUAUUGACCGAAAAAAUCGAUCAAGAAUUACUGGAUGCAGCAGGCCCUCAGUUAAAGGUGAUUGCAACAAUGAGUGUGGGCUAUGAUCAUAUCGAUGUCCAGGCUGUCAAAUCCCGUGGCAUUUUGCUAGGAUAUACACCCGAUGUAUUAACAGAUGCCACUGCCGAUCUCACCGUUUUACUGGCUUUAGGCGCAUCCCGUAGAAUCAAAGAGAGUAUUCGUGCUGCUGAGGAUGGUCAGUGGGGUAAAUGGGCUCCCACUUGGUUAUGUGGAUCUCAAUUCACCAACAAGACGCUGGGAAUUGUGGGCUUAGGUAGAAUUGGUGAGGCUGUAGGAGACCGUUUGAAAGCAUUUGGCAUAGGUCGUGUUAUUUAUUCCGGACGCAGUGAAAAACCUGGAAACAGACUCGGUGCCGAAUUUGUGCCUUUCCAAACCCUAUUGGCUGAAUCCGAUGUCAUUGUUGUCUGUUGUGCUUUAACAAAGGACACUGAAAACAUGUUUAAUUAUGAAGCCUUUUCCCGCAUGAAGAAAUCAGUGGUCUUUGUCAAUUCCGCACGCGGCGGUAUUGUGCACCAGGAUGACUUGGUACGUGCCUUAAAGGAGAAUUUGGUAGGUGCCGUAGGCUUGGAUGUGACCACACCAGAGCCUUUACCUCCAACCCAUCCAUUGUACACCUUCCCCAAUUGUCUGGUAUUGCCUCAUGUUGGUAGUGCCACCUUUGAAACAAGAGAAAAUAUGGCAAACAUGACCUUAGGAAAUAUCUUGGCUGGUUUAAAGAACGAGCCAUUGCCUUACUCCAUCUAACGAGUCUUAUAUUUAUUAUAAUUAAAACACACACACACUUGUAUAAGUAAGGUCUUUUGGUACUUCCAGUCUCGAUGAACCC